CGUCACUUCCGCCUCGCCACACACACACCCGCGCACGGCCGAGGGCUUCCGCCGGCGCGUUUCCAGGGCAACGCGGCGCCCCGCUCCCCCCUUGUCUCAGUGGGGCUGGUUAACGUCAACAGAUGUCAACUCCCCCUCUCGCUGGGGCAGGCAUGCCUCCUGGUGCUUUCUCAGGGACGCAGGCUCAGGCAGCUAGGGAGGUAAAUACAGCUUCUCUCUGUCGAAUUGGCCAAGAGACCGUGCAGGACAUUGUAUUUCGAACCAUGGAAAUCUUCCAGUUACUGAGGAACAUGCAGUUACCAAAUGGUGUUACUUAUCAUACUGGAACAUAUCAAGACAGACUGGGAAAGCUGCAGGAACAUCUCCGUCAGCUAUCAAUACUCUUCAGAAAACUGAGAUUAGUCUAUGACAAAUGCAAUGAAAACUGUGCUGGGCUCGAUCCUGUUCCCAUAGAACAACUUAUUCCAUAUGUUGAAGAAGAUGGCUCCAAGCACGAUGAUCGUAGUGCUGCAAGUCAGCUUCGUUUUGCUAGUGAAGAGAGAAGGGAAAUCAUGGAAGUAAAUAAGAAACUGAAACAGAAGAAUCAGCAGCUGAAGCAGAUCAUGGAUCAGUUACGGAAUCUUAUUUGGGACAUAAAUGCCAUGUUGGCAAUGCGGAACUGAACAAGGAAAAUCAGACUUUGUAAUUGGAAAAGAUACAAAUUUGUUUGGAGAUAUUGAAUUUCUUUCUAAGAAGUAACAUGUUUUCCUACAACCAUAUUGCAGUAAUGUUUGAAAAGUCUUCAAGAUUAAAAUGUUGGGGGUUUGUAAUAACUUAAAUGGUGUUAGUUUUGUUUUUAUAAAAGAUUCCUCCUACAGGUUUAACCAAGUGAUUCACUUAGCGUGAAUGUAAUACAGCCUCAAUAACUUGCAGUAACAGUUUGGAUCGCUAUGCAAAUGGGGUUUUUUAUAAAUUAGGUGUUUCUGUUUUGUUUUUAAAUACUAUUAACACUGUUUUGAAAACAUAUGUUUACAUGCCAUUCUGCAGUGCAAACCACCUCUACAGAUAGGAAAGGUCUGUAGGCCAUUUCUGUAUUGCACAGAAAAGUCACUCUAGUAAGCUACAGGACUGAAAUAAGUGAUCAGAUACUACAAUGCAAUAUGUUUCCACAUUGUGGGAACAUUUAGUACAGGUUCCUAUGCCAUAUAAGUUCAUCUUAUUCCAUAUUCUACCACUGGAUACAUGUUAUAUUAGAUAAAUUGGAACAAAACUUAAAAGCUACAUAAAAUUACCCCUAUAUCCUUAUGGAUAUAGUAAAGUCUUCUAAAAUGAAGACUACAUGCAUAUAUCCUCAGCAUUGACUUCUUCUGUAAUGAUGUGUUAUAAUUUCUUGAGUACUGCUCCAGUUAUUGUAUGGUGUAUUCAUAUAGCAUUAUGUACGUUUGGAAUACUUUGGGUUUGUUUACCAGAAUGCACUGAAUAAAGACCUCAUUAAUCUUUUCCUUAUGACUGCCAGUCUUAGAAAACUUUGGAGUAUAUGAGCAGUUCUUUAUUUUGAGUUAAUCAUCAACCUUCAUCUUUCUUUGUUCUGCCUCUGGUAAUCCUCACAAUUUUCAUUAGGCCUGAAAAUAGUAAUUUUUGUUAUCCACAGAUACUGCCAGUGGACUAUGUGUCUCUUUUUCCAGGUGAAUGAAUAUGUAAAAUAAUGCUGUUUCAGUACAAAUCCAUAAGGCACUCUACUAUUAAUAUUUGCGAAAUUCAAAACUGACCAUCCUCAUGAUUUGCUUCUUGUGUAUUACUUUUAACUCUCAUUCUGUGCCCUGUCAGAUUCUGUAAUAGUUUUAUGUGAAAGAUUUGUGCAGAACCUUCUGAAGAGUCCAGUUAAAUAGUAUCCUUUAAAAUAUAUCCUUUUUACAAUACGGGGUUUUGACACUUGAAUGUUUAUUGAUUUGAGAUUUAAAAAUGCUAUACUGAUUUGUUGUUCUAUCAGUCUUCUUUAUUUUGUUUUUUAAUAAUUUCAACCCAUUUGUCUACUCCUUGAGGUAAAAACCCCUGGCACAUAAUAGAUCUGAUCAUGUCUGGUUAACAAUGUAUGACUUUUCCAUUAAAUUAGGUACAAUAUAGUUGUCUUUUAUUUCUCCUUUUGAAGGUUUUAAAUCUUAACAUAUGAAUGGAUACCCAGUCUUAUAAUUGCAAGUAAACAGAGUUCGAAAAUGUUAAUUUUGUUUACCCAGUGUUGAAAAAUUAUGUGUAACUGUGACAAUACCUAGAUUUGAGUAGAUGUCAAAACACCAUACAUAUAAGGUCACUGUCUUUUCUCCCAUGUUAUAGUUGGAAGAGUGGAUAUCUUACUCAGUGACAAAGCUAGCAGCAGAAAUGUUCAUCUCCCAUUUAGAUUGAUCAGUGUGGUAGAUGUGCUGGUCAGAAGUCGUGGUUGAUUUUUGCAACUGCAAGAGACAUAACUAUUUUAUAUAUAAAGCUUUUGAAAAGGAGAUGAAGACUGCGAGCAGAGAUUUUAUUUUGUUGUUUGUUUAAAAUGCAGGCACGUUUUUUGUAUUUGCAAGGUGUAGUGGCAGCUACAGAAGUUUAGUGUAUGUCUAAGCAUACAUCCAGCCUAGAAGGACUAUUGGAAAUGGAUUUUGAAAUGGCACCACCAUCUUAAUUGUGAGUGUAAAAUUCUCAGUACUUAGUAGUUUGUUCUAUUUUUGGAAUAAUUAUGGAAAAUGGAGAUUAGUCUAAGCUUUGCUUUACUGCCUGUAUACUAUUUAUGUAUUCUUACUAAAAGUCUUUAAAGUUUGUUGACUCUUUUAUUGCAUAUAAACAGUGCAGAAGUAACCUAAAAUGUGAAUAAGAGUGCAAAUACUGCAAAUGGAUUUCUCACUGAUGCAAUAUUCAGCUUGCUCUGUGCAACUGCUAGCAGUAGCCAAGGUUUAUACUACAAUUUUUCAUCUGGGAGAGAGGAGAAAACACUUUAAACCACUACCAGAAUAGAUAGUGCCGUAGCUAAAUUGCAAAGUGCAUAAAUUGACAGAAUUGUAUAUUAUCGCAGUAAAUACUGUCAAAACAGGAACUCUGCAAGGUGUUGGACCAAAACCGUACACUUUGACUUACAGAGAUGAAAGUAAGUGUAGUGAACGUAAUUCAUAUGCUCCCAGAUACAUGAAUAAGCAUAGGAUUUCGCCAAGAAGAUGACAGUUUUAAGAAAAAUGGCAGUUCCUCAGCUGUGAAAUACUUUUAAAGGAAUUACUGGGCAUCAACAUGUGCUGAAAUUUAAUAUUUUAGUUAAUGCUAACAACUUUUAACUGCUGGUUAAUGAAAUGGCACCAAAUGAAGUAUUUACAAAUACCAGCAAAGCAAUACAACACAGAUGUUUCAAUGUUUUGUUUAUAUAUGAUUGACUAUUCUGUAUUUCUGAUUAGGCAGAAGCUGGAUAAACAUACAGGCAGUCCCAGGAGCAGAUACCAGAACCAAAGAUGGUUCAAUUUUUGAAAUACAAAAAUAUUUGAGUGGGUUGGGGUUCUUAUGGCUCUCUUUUGUCUGGAGAGGACUUGGGGCAGUAGAGUUAGGCUGCUGAACACUCUGUAGCAUGUUUGUGGGAGCAUCCCAAGUUAACACGCACUCAAAAUGAAACCAUUAAUCCAACACCUUUGUAGACAAUAUAACAGAUACUGAAUGUUUGGUUCAGUGUCACAACAGAGAAGAUGCCUGCAAGGCAGUAUACAAAGGUCCAAGUUGUUUUUUACAUAAAAAGACAAGAGCGUGGAGCAGAUUUAUGCUAUGUUCAGGAAAGGUGCAAGGAGUUUACUUUUCCACUUGUUUUUUAUAGAGGCAGCAAGGCCACAUCCAGAGUGCUCUAAUAAACCAUGACCGUUUUUAUUGUCCUGUAGGAAAAAAACCUGCUGUGGUUAUAGUAGUUCUUACUGAUGGAUAAACUGGAACUUGUGCACACGUGCAACUUCAGUUAAUCACUGUAAGGAAUAGAUUUAGGUGCAGUAGGACAAGGAUUCUGGUCUCACAGGAACCAGGAUUUCAUCGAUGUGCAAGAUGGCUGCGCAAGCCAAAAAGACUACAGCUGAAGGAUGACUGACAAUUGCUAUGGGUAGCAACAAGCUCCAGAUGUAGAUUUGAAGAUCUGAAGUUAAGAAAAAGCAUCAGAAAUAAGAUGCAAUGACACCCAACGAUACUGUGAGUCAACGGAGCUUUACAGAGGAUGGAUUAUUUUAAUUACUUUGUGCUAACAAAGGAAAUGGGAAACUAUAAAGGAAUUUACAAAUACAUCAGUGCAGAAAAAAAAUAUUUGGGGAAGAAAGUGAGUAGUUUGCUUACUCUCCUUAUUUAAUAGCAAUGAAGACUAAUAUGGUAGAGUAUCAGGGCUUUAAAGGAGAGGGAUUUUUGCUGAGUUGGAAGAUUACUUUAUACAAAAAAAUAACAAGUUAGCUGAUUUGUAUUGCAAGAUAUUAAUGAAAGUGACAAAAAAUAUGUACCAAUGCCAGUUACUAUUUAAGAAAAUGUAAUGGAUAACUGAAACCUAAAUAAAUAAAUGCAAUAUAGUGAAA